AUGACGCUGCCGUUCCCACGCCCGCCAUCGCUCGCCGCGGGCUUCACGCUCUCCCGGUGCACUCCGGACGACAUCCCGCAGAUGGUCUCGGUCUACCUCGCGGCCUUUACAUCCACCAAGUUCACAUACUGGUGGCCUUCGUCGGUGGAGACGGUGCGGCGCUGGAACGAGGCGCGCUUCCGCCUCUAUUUCCGCGACCCGACUGACCAGCAGUUCAAAGUCGUGGACGAUACGACAGGCCAGGUCGUCGGUUUCAGCCAUUGGAAAGUCCCAGCGCAGUUUAAGGGACUGGUCGAGGGGUUUAGGACGUACGACGACCGGGCCGAGGGCGAGUUCGACGGCUCGGUCUCCCAGUGGAUGCAGAACCCACCAGAGGGAUCCAAGGAGGAUCUGUACCACGAGUUCUUCGCGGGCAUCAAGGCCAUGGGCGCCAAGUGGAAUAUCGACGAGAAACUAGAUCUGACUCUCCUCUGCGUGCAUCCUGCAUACCACCGUCGCGGGAUAGGAGCCGCGCUUUUGAACAGCGUAUCGGACGUUGCCCACGCGGAGGGUGUCACGACAUACCUGGAGGCGUUGGACAACGCCGUGCCCGUGUAUAAGCGCUACGGAUUCAAGACCGUAGAUAAGCUGGAGUAUGACUUGACCAAGGCCGGGAAAGAUGGCAAGGCUAUCAUUGAUGUCAUGCUCCGGGAGCCUAACGGCUCUGGCCAGAGUGGAGCAUGA